AGCGCUCGAGUGCGGUUCAGAUCGGUUUCCGAUUCGGAUUCGGUUUCGAUUUCGCUGUUUGCUGUUUUCUGUUCGCUUUUCGGUUCGCACACUUGCAGUUCGAUUCUACAAAAAAAAAAAGAAACAAGCAACCAGACGAAAUUUACAAAAAGCCCACAAAACGCCCACGACGGAGAGGCGGUGAGAAAAUAAAAAGAAAUCAACCCAAACAAAAGUGAAAAACAAUAAAGGCCAAGGAAAAUCGCGGUGCAAUAAAAGCUUAGCUCAAUCACAAAGCGAAAUAAAUAUUUUCAGUUCGAGCCGCAGCAAUAAAGAAAACAAAUAAAGCCCGAGAGUAAAAGGUUCCAGCAACAAUUAAUUAAGAGGGUGCCCGUGAUUGUUGUUGCAACUACAAGAAAAAAAAAAUAAAAAUAAAACUCGUUCACAUAUAUUUACAAAAGCUUUUUACGGCUUCGCAGUGAAAUGCAAAUCAAUUAAAAAUAUUAUUGUUAAAGGAAGAAACAAAAAAUCCGAAAACGAAAAGAAAUUUCUGUUACAGUUUGAUUUGCCAUUACCCGGGGAGUAAAUGUGUUUUAUUGACCAUGAAAACGAUGGAAAGUUAGCGAUUUAAAAUAAAGAAAAAUAAUAAUAAUUAACGAGGUGUCUUCAAAGUGUGCGUGCAAAUAUCUCAAGCAAAAGCAAGGAGAGAUAAAUCGUAAAUGGGAAAACGGCCAAGUGACCAAAAUGGCAAUGAGUGAAAAUCAAAUUUAAUAAUCCAUCUACAGUUGGCCGUUCUAUAUAAAUAGUUAAACAACAAACAGACACUUUAAAGAAGUCGCAAGUUUUACGAUCGCAACCAGAUAGCACAACCGAAACUGAACAGGGAGUCUAACAUGCGCCCGGCACGUUACCGAUGAAGCAAGCGACUUUAAUCAGACCCAGUCUCAGACACAGAAGCAGCACAGCGGCAACCACCAAGAUGUGUCCCAAACGGCAUUGGCUAGUCAACGACAGAGCAGCGGGCUCCGGAGGAUCGGGAGGAUCGGGAGGCUCUGGAGGAGCUGCGGCGAGGAGCAGGCGCAGUCUAGACCAAAUAGUAGAAGUAUUAGUAGCCUUAGUCUUAGUCAAUUGCCUGGCCACGGCGGCAGCGGUGCUGAUCACACCGCCCGACAGUCUCGAGUCGCUGUCCCUGGACUCCCCAUCCACCUCCUCCUCCGAGGACGACGACAUGACCGGCGGCUUCUACCGCAGCCCGCACCGCCUGGAGGGCUACCCGCAGAUGCAGCAGCUGCAGCGCGGCCACAACUUCAAGAUCAGCCCCAAGCCGUGCUCCUUUGGGCGCGUCGAGGGCACCUGCAUGUUCGUGUGGGAGUGCAUCAAGUCCGAGGGCCGGCACGUGGGCAUGUGCGUCGACUCCUUCAUGUUCGGCUCCUGCUGCACGCACAACUACACCGACAACAUCGUCCUGCCGCAGACGGCCUUCUCCUACACGAGGCCCACCAAGCCGCUCACGCUCCGCCCGCGACCGCCGUCGCCCUACAAGCCCAUGAUCAGCGGUAUGACCACCAUUGAGCGUCCCCAUGGCGCUGGCACCCUCGUGAUUCGUCCUUCGGGCCCACACCACCAGGGAACUCUGGCGCGCCCGCAUCCACCGCCCUAUCUGAGCAAGCCCACCACGGCCUCGGAUCUGCAGAGCUCUGCCUCGCAGAGCUCCAGCUCCAGCUCCAGCUCCAGCUCCAGUUCUAGUUCGAGUCAAAAUAGCAUUUGGCAUACAUCGACCCAGCAGCAGCAGCAGCAUCAGCAGAAUCAGCAGAACCACUGGCAGAUGACCACCGAGCCGAGCUUUAUUACCAAGCCGCGACCCACCGGCUGGACCAAGCCCGGCAUCGUCAAUUUGCCAAUGCCCGCGCGACCCUCCAAGCCGUCGAAGCCCACAAAGAAACCGAUUGUCUACGAGCGGACACCGCCGCCUCCGACCGCCGUGCCGUUGCCGUCCACCUCGACGACAUCGACGUCGCUGAUUUGGCCGGACCAGACGCAUCCCCCCCAGCCGCAACUCCCCACCAGGCCGCAGCUGUCGCCGGGCACAUCAUUAGCCGCAUCCUCGUCCUCGGUUUGGCCAUCGCCAAGCACCUCGACGACAUCCACAUCCACAUCCACAUCCACAACAACAACGACGACCACCACUCGACGAACAACCACGCCGGCAACCACAUCAAGGAGAACCACGACCAGCAAGCCCACGAGACCCUACCAGCGGCCCACCACGGCGAUCUCCAGCUCCACCUCGGGCAAGACACCCACCACGACCAGGCCGAUCCCCAGCGCUUCCAGUUCCACCAGCAGCAGCAGCAGCGGAAUCGUCACCAGCUCCAGCUCUAGCCAACGGCCAACGCAGCCCACGCACCGACCGCCGGUCCUGGCCACCACCGGCAUCGAGACCAACGAGAUAACGGACUCCUCCUCCUCCUCCUCCUCCUUCUCCUCCUCCUCCUCCUCCUCCUCCAGCCCCGACUCCGGAGCUCUUGGCCAUGUGAAGACCAUUUCGGCGGCGCGCAGCGAGUGCGGAGUGCCGACGCUGGCGCGUCCAGAGACGCGGAUCGUGGGCGGCAAGAGCGCGGCCUUCGGUCGUUGGCCCUGGCAGGUGUCGGUGCGGCGCACCUCCUUCUUCGGAUUCUCCAGCACCCACCGUUGCGGUGGCGCUUUGAUCAACGAGAACUGGAUAGCCACCGCCGGACACUGCGUGGACGACCUACUAAUCUCGCAAAUACGCAUCCGCGUGGGCGAGUACGACUUCUCGCAUGUGCAGGAGCAGCUGCCCUACAUCGAGCGCGGGGUGGCCAAGAAGGUGGUGCAUCCCAAGUACAGCUUCCUCACGUACGAGUACGACCUGGCGCUGGUCAAGCUGGAGCAGCCGCUCGAAUUCGCUCCGCAUGUCAGUCCCAUUUGCCUGCCCGAAACGGAGAGCCUUCUAAUUGGCAUGAACGCCACGGUCACCGGCUGGGGUCGUCUCAGCGAGGGCGGCACCCUGCCCUCCGUCCUCCAAGAGGUCUCUGUGCCGAUUGUAAGUAACGACAAUUGCAAAUCUAUGUUCAUGCGCGCCGGUCGCCAGGAAUUCAUUCCGGAUAUAUUCCUGUGUGCGGGCUAUGAGACCGGAGGCCAGGACUCCUGUCAGGGCGAUUCGGGAGGACCACUGCAGGCCAAGUCGCAGGAUGGCCGCUUCUUUCUGGCCGGGAUCAUAUCCUGGGGCAUUGGCUGCGCCGAGGCCAAUCUGCCCGGGGUCUGUACGCGCAUCUCCAAGUUCACGCCGUGGAUACUGGAGCAUGUCAGAUGAUGAUCAGUCUGGAGAUCGUGGCGAUUAUGAUAAUGGCAGCUCGACUUUUGUUAUUGUUUUAAUUUAUCAGUUGUAGCUUUAAGUCUUGUGUGAUUUAUCUUAAAAGAAUGUUAAGCGUAGUUAGCUUCAAUUUAACAAUUUUAACAGCAUUGACCUUGACUUGGCCUUGUGGGCCACUGCCACACCCCUAUUCGCACUCACUCACCCACACAAACACAGUCAACGCCCACUAAGUUAGUCUAGCGAAAAUGUUAGAGCCGUAAGUUGUCUAACACGGAAAACGGUCGGAUUUCGAUUCGGGAGAUUCUCUAAUUGUACAUAGCCGAAAAGAGCGGGAAUAGGGGGAUGGGAAUGGGAAACGGGAAGGGGAGAUGGAGAGUCAUUUGCAUGUCCACAAGUUGUUGGUAUUUUAGAAAUAGUAGUUAUAUUUAACAAUUAACUAAAUCUAUAUUUAUUGUAAACAAAUGCAUGCAGACAUCUUAACGUUGUUUGUAUCUUGCCCAAAGAACAAGUUUAUCUAUAGCGAUGCGAAAGCUCGAGAGCAAUAAAAGAUUACUGAAAA